AUGUUCUUGAUGGACCUCCAUCACACACCUCGUUGGGUUGUUGCACAGCAGAGUGAAGAGAGCUACCAGGAGCAGGUAGAAAAAUGGGUACAAGAAAUGAAAGAGCGGGACUGGGGAGAUAUUGAGGACAGAUAUCUUGAGAUUAUGGAGCGUGCAGUGCCGGAUUGUCAAUAUGUAAUGACCUUGACAGAUGUACAGAUUUGGCAGACAGUGCACCAGGUUCCCCACUGGCAGUUCGUGAAUAUGACAGCGACGCAUCAGGUUGGUGAGUAUCGGUGCUUCCUUUGA